CGUAUUCGCGUAUAUUUCACAAUCAGAAUCACCAGCACGUAUUUAAUUCAUCGGUUGCCAACCAAUUCGUAAUUUUAUUUAUUCCACCUGACAAUUUCAAAUUUCUGUAGCAAAUCUGUGAGUUUGAUUUAAUUCAAAGAUAACAAAAGUUUAUUUAUAGCCAGGAUGAAGUUGCGCUCCUCAGCCCGAAGGGUAACCAGUCUUCCAAAUUUGGACACCCAAGUUGCCGACAAUAACAGCGCCACGUCGAAAGCUUUACGGAACCCGUUGGUUCUUGACGUUGUAUUCGCCCAGUUGAACAACUCUGAUUUGAAGGUCGCAAGACUCGUCUGUCGCGAGUGGGGCGACGUCGGCGCCAGUUUAUUGGGAAAGCGGGCCUUUCUCGACAUCAAUAAGAUUUUCCAGCUCAAAGGGACAACUUUACACCUGGCGACCCCUGUGCACGAAAAGCUGACCCGAAAGCUCGUCAUCAAGGAGAAAUUCGAUCCCUCCGUCCCUGCGAAUAGGACUGAUGACGUUAUCACCAACAUUUUUACCGAGCUCUCCUUCAACUUGUCAGAAGUCACGAGGGACAUAGAAUUCUACAUCACGCUGAAAAAACUUGCGAUUGCAUUUCUAAAUGGUUUGAGGACCCUGAAAUCGACCCAACUUCAACACAUUUCCAUUUACAUCCAUUCGACAAACUGGAAUGUGAACAAGGCUCGAAUUCAAUCCCUUCAAAAAUUGCCCGUUCAACAAAACCUGACCUCCAUGAAGUUUGAAAUUCCUGCAGACACUCGGAAAUGGGGGUCUGGAAUUCACACAUUUCAACCCGUACUCCAGGUCUUGAUCGAUUCUGCACCCAACUUGACCUCGCUGGACGUCACGGCCUCCUUCUGUCCUAACUUGGAGGGGUGCAAGAAUCUCAAAGUUUUGAAGUUUUGUUUUGAGAAUUGUAACCACGGAGCCUGUCGUAACUUCGACGUGGCCACUACCACUGUGACCACGAUGUUGACUCCCGUGAGGGAUUCUUUGAUCGAACUAGAAUUAAGUUAUGACGUUCAUAAAUCUCAAAUUGGCGACCAAGUCCGGAAUCUUGAUGUUCCCAUUAUGUCGAACUUGAUUUCGCUCACGGUCAAUCCAGGAUAUGUGUACAUCCGGGAAUUCUUUGAUGAAAAGCACAUCCCAAAAUUGAGGAACCUCACCCUCCGAGACCAGUACUACGUAUUUGCCGACUUAUCCACUCAUCUUAAUUUUUGGAGACAGCAUCGCGGCGUUCAAUUCUUCGUGCUUCAGAUAUCCGGAAACUACCGGAUUAACUUGCAGCAUGGGGAACAGAUUGUUCAUUUAUUCCCCGCUGUUAAGAAACUCGACGCGACCGUGAGCAUAAAUAGCAAUUUGGCCCCCGAGGUGAUGUCCCCGUUCCAUCUGUGGGAUCUGGAAGAAGCCAGGCUUGUCGUGCGGAACGUGUGCGUCGCUUCCGAGAUGGCUCGAGUUCUAAAACAUGUCGCGAAUUGGAAGGGCGUUAAAAGGGUCAACUUCGAGAACACUUACAUCAAACAGGACGCCAUUGCUGCUUGCUGUCAAGACAUUAUCUUGUACAGUAGAGGACUGCAAAAGGUGGAAAUAUCGGGGAGGGUGAUCCCGGAGGUGCUUGAAGUCGUGCGCCCAAUUUUCGAGGCCGGUGGGGUACCCGUUGAGUUGAAGGGAGGUGUGUAUCGGAAGCAUGGAAUACUUUACUAGUAAAUUGAUGGUAUGUAGGAGGAGACAGGUGAUUGAUCAGUAAUUAGACUGGUUUUCAUUAACAGAUUUCGUAUAUAGUUUUAAUCAACUUUGACCUUAUCACCGCAAUUGGUUUGAUAUAUAUUUAAUAAAGACUUGAAGAAUGACAAAUUUUAA